UGCCCGCCCAACGUUGCUGAGAUCGAAGUUAAAAGGAAGUUAGAGACUUACAGAAAAAGAGUCCGAGAAGAAACAUCAGUUCCCGUUCCCCAGAUAUUUCAAGAAGAACUUUCAGAAUUAUAUCAGAAAGGUUAUGAUUUCGUUGCUAAAAUACCGACAUACUCCAAUGCCAAAACUGCUAUAUGUAAGGAGAGGAGAAAGGCUUUGGGAGCUACUCAAAAUCCCCAAAAUGCCAAUGACAUUCAGUCUGCAAACGAUACACUUUUGCUUUCUAAUGGAGAAAACUUUCUUCGCUUAGACUUUCAAAAUGACCAAGGUAACAGGAUUUUAGUAUUUGGAGGAGAAGAAUCUCUGUAACUUUUGGAAAAUGGAAAGACUUUUUUCUUAGAUGGAACAUUUAAAAGUUGUCCGAAACAAUUUGCUCAAAUAAAUACAAUACACGUCGAUUUAAGGAAAACAGCAACUGAGACCAACGUUUACCCAGCGCUUUUUGCAUUUCUGCCUGAUAAGAGACAAGCAACUUACAUUGCAAUGCUUCAGGAAGUGAAACGUUGGUGCCCUAAGUGGAAGCCGGACAUUAUAAAAUUGGAUUUUGAAGCCGCAGCCAUCACUAGUUGUAUGUUAGAAUUUCCCAGUUCGACUAUUUCUGGUUGUAACUUUCAUUUUAAUCAAUGCUUGUGGCGUAAGAUACAAGAAGUGGGUCUAGUAAAGGAAUAUAAAGAGAACGAAGAUAUAAAAAAUGUUUGUAGAAUGAUUUCUGCAUUAGCUUACUUGCCAAUGGAACACAUAGAUGAUGCUUGGAGCAUUGUAUGGGAAAAAGCUUUUAGCAUUGACAAACUUACCACAUUCAUUGAUUAUUUUGUCGAGCAGUGGAUGGACAAUCCAAAUAUGCCCAUUAAAGUGUGGAACGUAUAUGGACAGCGUCAUAGGACAAAUAAUUCUGUUGAAGGGUGGAAUUCCAAAUUAAAUGCAAUCACUGGCAGAAACCAGCCUAAUGUCCACUUAUUAGUCAGAAUACUAAAAGAAGGAACAUAAAAAGUGUCUUUUAAUUUGAAAUCCAGAGAAUUAGGCAACCCUGGAAUAAAAAGGAAAAAAGCAUACGUAAAAUUGGAUGAAAGAAUUGAAAACAUCCUUAAGGAAUUCGAAACAUCAAACAAUUUAUAAAAAUGUCUGAAAUCUUUAAGUUUUGUAACUAGAUUGGACUAAAUCCAAUGGUAAAUGAUAUUUAUGCCUUUA